UGAUUUCAAAAAGCCAGCAAUGCUUUAUGAUAUACACAACUUUUGUUGAAAUUAUCUUUCCUUUCUUGCUGAUAAUUGGAGUUCUUUAUUCUCCAAGAGAAGAAUCUAUUAAUCAAAGAGAGCAAGAAACGGUUGACAUAGAUCAGCAAGAAGCUGACAAUAAGAGCCAAGAUUUGUCACAGGGGUACCUAUACAGCUUUGAAAUACUCUAUAUGGCUGCAAAUUCUUCUUACUUCCUAUAACUGCACUAAUUCAAUACAUCAAUCAAGCAACUGACAGCUCAAGGACUUGGUAUCUGAGUUCAGUGAGCUACAUAUUCUCUGUAAUUUCCUUCAUGACCAUCAAUAGAGACUUUUGCAUUACCGUAUUCAGAAUGGUGACUAAUGGGUUUUGUGUAUUUGUUCACAUCCCUCUAUACGUCUAUUUUAUUAUUCAGAUACAUCUGUCUUACAUCCUCAUGCUGUAUAUGUUUGAAGAAAGCAUUGUCUUUAAAACCCUGAAGAAAUUCUCCGAAUUCAAGGUAGAAGUCAUCACUCAUGUUCAAAGCCAUAUCUUAAUUGGAGGAUGCAUUCUCAUGAGUUUUUAUAUUAUGCCCUAUUUUGACUUC